GACGCGCUUCCGGGAAGAUGGCGGCCGUGGAGGGAAUGGCGGCUACGACGGCGGCGGCCGGAGCGGUGGCUUCGGAGCCCAAGGCCGAGGCCGAAGGGAAGGAGGCGGAGGCGACGCCGCCGCCAUGCGAGGCCGUCCGGUGGGCGCCGGUGGGCGCGGUGGCCGAGGCGCAGGCGGCGCUGUGCGAGGAGGAGAACGGCUCAGAGGGGUGCGCGGGCUCCGGCCCCUCCUCGCCUCCGGAGUCCCCGGGCCGGGCGCUGCGGCGGCUGCGAGCCGAGCGGCGGCGGCUGGACUCGGCGCUGCUCGCGCUGUCCUCGCACUUCGCACAGGUGCAGUUCCGCCUGCGGCAGGUGGUGCGCGGGGCCCCGGACGAACAGCAGCGCCUGCUGCGAGAGCUCGAGGACUUCGCAUUCCGCGGCUGCCCACACGUGCUGGGCUGGGGCGCCCCGGGUGACCCGACCCCCGACGAGGCGGACGGAGACGAGACGCGCGAGGGCCCGCCGAGGCUGCGGCCCAACGAGCCGAGUGAACAGGAAAAACAGGAGCGUGUAGAAGCCCAGAGAGAGAAGCAGCGAGAGCUCAUUGUUCAACUCAAGACUCAGCUAGAUGACUUGGAAACCUUUGCCUACCAGGAGGGCAGCUAUGACUCUCUGCCACAGUCCAUGGUAUUGGAAAGACAACGGGUGAUCAUAGAUGAACUAAUAAAGAAGUUGGACAUGAAUCUGAAUGAAGACAUCAGUUCACUGUCUCCUGAAGAGUUACGGCAGCGUGUGGACGUAGCUGUGGCCCAGAUAGUCAAUCCUGCCCGAGUGAAGGAGCAGUUGGUGGAACAGCUAAAAACUCAGAUCCGAGACCUGGAAAUGUUCAUUAAUUUCAUCCAAGAUGAAGUGGGAAGCCCCUUACAGACAGGAGGUGAACAUUGUGAGUGCAGGACAUCAGGGAAGCCUGGAAAUGGCUCCUCUAGGGUUGGUCCUCGAUUGCCUUCUGGAAAUAAAAAAGUGAAUGCUGAAGAGGCCAGGAAGAUCCGUGAGACAGGGCUGCACUUGAUGCGGCGAGCGCUGGCUGUGCUCCAGAUCUUUGCAGUGAGUCAGUUUGGUUGCACUGCUGGUCAGAUCCCCCGCACCCUGUGGCAGAGGGACCAGGCCGAUAGAGACUAUUCUCCUCUGUUGAAAAGGUUGGAGGCCUCAGUGGACAGGGUGAGGCAGCUAGCUCUGAGGAACCAGAUGAGUGAUCAUGUCAUCAGCAGCACCAGCCUUCAGGACAUCCCCCUUGGGGGCAAAGAUGAGCUGACAGUGGCGGUGCGAAAGGAGCUGACCGUGGCUGUACGAGACUUGCUAGCCCAUGGAUUGUAUGCCUCCUCGCCAGGCAUGAGUCUUGUGAUGGCUCCCAUUGCCUGUUUGCUCCCUUCCCUCUCCUCCGCCCCUCAGACCAUGCACCCCUGGGAGCUCUUUGUGAAAUAUUACAAUACCAAGAAUGGCCGAGCUUUUGUGGAGUCCCCGGCCCGAAAGCUGUCCCAGUCCUUUGGGCUGCCUAUGACAGGGGGUGCUGUUGUGACACCCAAACAAAGCUUGUUAACUGCCAUCCAUGUAGUGCUGACUGAACAUGACCCCUUUAAGCGCAGUGCAGACUCAGAGUUGAAGGCUCUGGUGUGCAUGGCCCUGAAUGAGCAGCGUUUGGUGUCUUGGGUCAAUCUAAUCUGCAAAUCUGGAGCACUCAUUGAGCCACACUACCAGCCUUGGAGUUACAUGGCACAUACAGGGUUUGAAAGUGCCCUCAAUCUGCUCAGCCGCCUGAGCAGCCUCAAAUUCAGCCUCCCUGUGGACCUGGCUGUCCGACAGCUCAAGAACAUCAAAGAUGCCUUUUGAUGACCAGGUGUUUGCCCCUGACCAGUGCCUCUCAAUAGGGAUCAGUUACCACUUUACUCCAUGAGGCUGAGAGGGUUGGAGGAAGAAGCAGCUGGGUUAUGGGUUAUCCCUAGGCUUGGCAGAGGUGGGCAGCCCUAGUGCCUCUAACGUCUGUUACCUUAGCACCUUAGAAAUUCACGCUGGAAAGCCCCUGAUUGAAAAUGCCCUGCCCUGGUAUGUGACCACCUGCCUGUGUACGUCUGGGUGCACAUGUGGAUGUGCAUGGUCUUUCUCCCAGAGGCAUCUUUGCCUUCCCAGCUGCUCUGUUGACCUACAGGUACCCUCAUCAGAAACUCGGCAAACCCAGGAGUGCAUUCAUCCUGUGGCAUUGAAAAUAAGGGUUGGCAAAGAUCUGUUCCCACUCAUGUGGGGAGAAGUUAAGCCUAACAUUCUGCUGCUCAAAUGAGAGGCUCCCUCUUUAUUUUUUUAUUCUGGACUUGACCCCAACCCCCAAUAAGAUGAAUAUUUCCACAUACACAGAACAGAAAAAAGAGAAUUGUACCUGGAACCCUAGAUCUCUAUACAUACAGCUAGAGUUUACUUUUAAUCCUUUUUUUGGUAGCGGGGGACAGCUGGGUGGACGUAAUAUAUGAAGUACUGGAUUCGAAGUCAGAAAGACUUGAAUUCAAAUCCUCCCACUUGUGUGACCCUGAGUAAGUCACUUAACCUCUGUCUGCCUCAGUUUGCUCUUCUAUAAACAUACGUAUAACAGCACCUGUUUCCCUGGGUUAUCGUGAGGGUCAAAUGAGAUAAUAUCUGUGAAGCUCUUUGCCAAACUAAAGCAUCACAUAAGUGCUAGCUAUUGUUAUUUAUUUUUUUCUUAAGGCAGGUUUGAGUGACCCAAAGCCAGGCCUACCUUGUGACCAUAAUUUCUCCUUUGUACCCCAAAUGGUCUUUGUGCCAGAAGUUUCUGUAUCUUUUCUCUGUUCUAAGCGAGUGAAUACGGUAAGAAAAAUUGUAUUCUCUCAUACUUUCUGACAGAAGUUCAGGCAGAGCUAUAAGGGAGUUAGCCACAUGGUUUUUCUUUGUUUUUAUUUUAAAUGAAGCCUUUUGGAAGCAUCUUUUCUUGUGGAGGUCAGAGCCUAAAUCAAAUGUUUUGCUAGUUUGUGUGCCAUGACAAAUACUCUUCUGGCUUCUGUGUUUUCUUCCACCCAACCCCACCCUCUUUUCAGCAAGAUUCUUGUGUCCCUAGGGAUUUGAACCUGAUUUCUCAGAGGUGAGCUGUUAUUGAUCUAUUCUGUUAGGGACCCUCAUGUUAGGGCAGACUUUUAUGUCUAAAAAUACACAUGCAUAACCAGUAUCAGCUUUUCCUUAAUUCAGGAGCUACCUUGGCACAGCCUGUUUUGGAAACAGAGAAAUGAAGCCUGACCUAGCUUUUCUUCUCCUUCCAGGGCUUUAGGUUCAUCUCAAUAUGCUGGUAACUGGCCCCUCCUACAGUGGGUGUUGAUGCUUGUCUGCUGGUGAUUGUUCCCAAGAGUGAAGUGGGAAGAACUGAAUAGCUAAUUCUAGAACAGCCCUAUUUAGGAUUUAUUAUCUCUUGAGUCUUUUUAUUCCACUUUUUUCUUUUCAAUCAACUUGUGGCAAAUGCCAGUAAAUAAAUGUUCAAAGCUUUGAAUGUACAACUUUCUGGGCAAGCCUCUGAGGUUUAAACACUCUUGAAAAAGCCUUGUCUUCAGUUACAUGUGUGCAAUUGUGGGAUGAUUUUGUGUCUGCUGGCAUAUACUGUGCAUUUUAACUUAAUUUUUUUUUUCAGCAAAUGUCACUUAUUUAAAAUUGUGUUGAUUUUGAUCCUAAUUUAUCCACUGUGUGUGACAGAAUAAAUGUAAAUGUUGUGGACGAUAACCCCUCCUUAUUGCUAACAAA